UCCUCACAUGUAUUAUAUUAUAUAUAUAUAUAUAACUAUAUAUAUAACCUAUCCUCUUCACCCGCAAUAUUUGUCUUCCACCUCUGUCAUGAUAUCAAUUCCUGACACUACUACCAAAACCAGAACCCUUUCUUCUGUUUCUUUUGGGUAACCAUCGCCACCAGAUCUCUCAGUAUGAGGAGGAAUUGUAACUUGGAACUUCGCCUUUUUCCCUACUCUUCCUCUCUUCCUUCCAUGGACUCCGAUCACGGCCAUCCCAUGAUGGAAGAGAAUAAUGGAAUUAGCCCUCAACAGAAACACCUAGAGCAGCAGCAGCAGCAGCAGCAACCGCUGACCAUCUUUUACAAUGGAAAGAUUUGCGUUUCUGAUGUUACAGAGUUUCAGGCUAGAGCUAUUCUAUUGUUUGCCAAUAAAGAAAUAGAGGAAAGAAUGAGAACAACUCCAACUGGGUCGAGCCCCACUUCACCAAGCUGCCUGCAAUCUCCGCUAUAUAGCCCCACUGCUGGUCUUUCUAUGAAGAGGUCACUGCAGCGGUUUCUCCAGAAGCGAAAGCAUCGCAACCACCACCAGGCAACAUCACCUUACCAUCAUGAUCAUUAGCCAAUCAAUUAAUACAUCAUCUACAUCUCUGAUCUCUCUCUCUCUCUCUCUCUACAUAUAUAUAUAUAUAUAUAAUUGACAUUGAGUAGUUUAAUUACGUGCGUAUUGAAGAUCAAUGGAGAGAUGAUCGAUCUUUUAGAAUUUCUACAAUUAAUCCUAGCUAGUUAUGUUGUGUAUAUAUAAUUAUUAUUAAUUAUUAUUAUUUUGUUGAGUUUUGAACAUGGAUAUAUAAAGUUUUGAUGA